CUGAACUUGACUUGACUGACUGUAUCCUAGACACAUCGCUCACAUCACUCAUCCCUUCAAGGCUAGGCGACAAUCCCUUCGGGGUAGCUUAUGGAGUAUCGCAGGGGGGGAGAUGGUAGACACACGCAGGAGAAGAGAUUAACCCUGGACUUCCCACCCCGUUUGCAAGAAACCCACCCCUCCGGCCCUCCGCCCCUCCCUUUUGCCUCUCGCCCCCCCUCCCUUCCCCCACCUCGCCCUUUGCGACCGGGAGCAUCAACAAAAAUAUUGUCAGUCGUUCAGGCAACGAUACUGGAGCGAGAUUCACCUAAACUGGACCCAAAUCAACUCGUAUUACCUGACCAUCUCAGAUUCUAUACCCUUCCUCCAUCAUGGUCCUCGUCAAUGAUAAGAAAUUCGCUUGUGCGACUUGUAUCAAAGGUCACCGUGUCUCUGGUUGUACACACACCGAUAGACCCCUAUUCGAGGUGAAGAAAAAGGGCAGACCAUCGACACAAUGUAAUCACUGUAAAGAUAAACGCAAAGGUGCUGGUGGUCCUGCAGGAGGUUCAGUCCAUGUCAAGUGUCAAUGUGGAGAUCCUAUACCUCCCGAGAUGAUUAUGCCUGGUUCCAGUCGACCUAUCCAACCGUCUCAGGACCCCAAUGACCAUAUGGAAACUCGUAAAGGUCAACCUGGAUCUAAAGCGACUCUCCCGAAUGGACUCAAGGACAUUCACGAUAUGGCGGCGGCGGCAGAGGCACUAUCCGCUUUCCAGAGAGAAAAUGAGAUGCAGAUGGCUCAUCGUAAAGUGGCCAAUCUGCUCAACCCAUGCCAUUGCAAGACGGGAGGGUUGUGUAAAUGUUGUGAACCCAAGCGUGAAAAGACGGAAUCGGUCCCCUCCCCUGUACCUUCUACCUCGAGCGGAUCUCGAACACCGAAUGGAGAUCGACCUGUCAUUACGGACAAAUUCAUCGAAAUGUUUCAAUCGAAAGCCACGACAGGGACGCAAACUUCGACCUCGUCUCGUGUCGGUCCUACUUGGGCACAGCUCAUGGCGACGGAUGGGAUCUCCCCCGAGAACAAGCAUCAUCCAGCACACACCUCGAGCCACGUGCACAAGACCAAGCUGUAUUCCCCGUACACUCCUCCAUCAGGUCACACGACGCCUCGACAUGCGGCAGGACACCAAGUCGGCAGCAAUUCGCAUCAUGUCGGAUGGGCUAGUUCCAGUUCCUCGUCCGUUCAACCUAAAAUCAAGCCUAUCGCCGAUAUGAACCAAUUCCUUGGCGCCGUUUUUCAGGACGACGGAAGCAUCGCCACUGAAAUUCCUCGUUCCGCUCUUGGCCUACCUGGUAUUCAGACAUUCGAUACUGCUGCUGAGCAGGGCGGUGUCAAGGUCGAGCCAGCGGAGAUGGAGGUGGAUGCACCAGUCACAUUCCCCACCCAGGACGAUGUUGUCAUCGGAGCGUGUACUUGUGGAGACGAGUGCGAUUGUCCAGGUUGCGUCAUUCACGGCAACGCAACUACUGCUACCGAUUCGACGGCGCACUGCUGUGGCGAGCACUGUUCGAGUACAUUUGAUUGUGCAGAUCACUUGUCUUUUCCCCGUGGUAUCAGCUCGAUCGGUCAUAUGUUGUCCAUCGCCGCUGCGAAUGUGCCCCACCCUCCUCGCCAUCGCUCGACAGAUCUUACCGCUCACGAUACAUUUGUCAUGCCAUCUUCGGCCCGUCAUUCGGACGAUGCAGCUCGCCAACAUGGCGUGGUCCCUCUGAAACGGCUUGAAUGCUGCAACGGCCGAUGUCAGUGUCCCUCGGGUAACUGCUCGUGCAAAGAAGAUUGCUGUGGCUGUUGUACGAGGUGCGCAUGUGACGAAGAAGGCGAUACGGCCAUGCAGCAAUGCCCACCCGGCGGUCAACCCUCGCAGAGUGCAUGUUGCAAGGUCCCCGCAAUCACUCCGCCUAUAGCAGCACAGCGAGAACCAAUCCUCGCUCCAACACCUCCAAACGGCUCAUUAUUGUCACCUCAGAGCGCUGUUUCAUCCAAUAAUCCUACUGAACAUGUCGAUCCUCUCAAUGCGCCUGAAUUACUCCGCCGCAGCUCUUCCUCAGCCUCUAAAUCUUCCAAGGGAUCUGCACUUGGCCGUCGGGCUACCGUCGGGUCCCAAUCAACUGGCACUAAUACGCCCUCUCAUCGGACCAUAUCGACUGGCAAGGCCGCUUGCAAAUCUUUAGCUCUCCAUCAACCACCUCAACAUCCUCAUUCUCAUUCUCGCCCGCAUGUACCGAAACAACCCAAUCCACCUGUCCAUCCGAAUGGUCCACCCGUAUCAGUCAACCAUAUUCAUCGACCAGGCUCUAGUGGGCUGAGGACGCCCACAGAUCGCAGAGCCAGCGCAGCGAGUUCGGUCUCUGUACCCAUUGCCACGCCGGAAAGAACCAAUACGAAUGGCUUUUCCUUGGGCAACUUUCAGAACGACGGUGAACUCAUGGAUUAUAUAAAUUCAUUGACCUCUGGACCUGCGACCAACUUUGACACCAGUCCGUUCUCGCUCACUGGGUCAACAGACCCCUCCCGAAAUCCAUUAUCGGCCGCUGCUGCUCCCCAGCUAGAUCCUUUCGACGUACCUAUGGAAAGUCCAGCACCUAACAUGACUGAUCAAGAGAUCUUGGAUAUGCUGGUACAAGCUAUGAAUCCAUCUCCGCCGACGCAGCCGCAGGAACAGCAGCAGCAACCGCCACAACAACAACAACCGCAGCAACAACCGCAACAACCGCAACAACAUCAGCAGCAACCUGAACCUUCUGACUACCAAUAUUUUGACCCUAACAACUUUGAACCGAACCUCCCUGUAUCUACCUUUUCUGGUCAAACGGUGUUGGACAACAUCGGCUUCCCUACUUCACUCGCAGAUCUCUACGUUCGCGAACGUUACGAGCAAGAUACAACUGGACCACCUCCACCUGAAGUGCCAACAAUUCGGACCCUACCACCCUCUUCAGCUGCCUUCUUACAGGGUUUAUUGUCGAACCAGCAGGAUAAUCCGAAUCUCAUUGAUUUGAGCAAACCAUUGACGGCUAGCGAUGUGGAAAAGAUCCUCCGGGCAUUACAGAACCAGGGCGGAGGCGGAGGAGGUGGUGGUGGUGGAGGCGCAGGUACUGCGCCACAGGAUCAACGUGUGCAGUCUGGUGAAGCUGCACAGGCAACCAUGACGAAUCAACCUCUCUUCUCUGGCAAUGGGAUCUCACCGGAGCAAGCAUCUGAAACUGGGUCAAAUGUCAGUGCAAGGCCAGGCUCCGAACAAGGCAGUAGUAACAAUGAUGUCGACGACUUGUUUGCCAAAUUCGUUUUCGAUCCCAACCUGUUACGAGAUGCCAACGGAGAGAUGGACUUGACUUUGAUGCCCGCCGAUGCGCCAACGGCCAACUACGACUUGUUAUCCAUGGCACAUGGGUUCGGGAUGCCCCACGCCAAGUCGACGAAUUUGGAUUGACCUAUCCUUUUCUUUGGGCCUUCAGAACAGUAACAUGUGUAGAGUCUCUUGUUGUAUCGUACACGCAAAAUGUAUAGACGUUGACUCCUG